AUGUCGAAGGAACCACUUGAUGAAAUACAAUGGAAAAACCCUGAAUGGAUCCAGCAGUUUGGAUUAUUCACCGGUAAUGUAUUAGACUACUUUAGUGAGUCGCCAUUCUACGAUAGAACUUCCAAUAACCAGGUUUUACGAAUGCAAUUUCAAUUCCAACAAAUCCCUCCUAACAUAAAUCCCCAAAAGUAUUUACAACUGAAACUAGUAGAAAUGACAGGUAUAGAGUUUAUUAUUGCUGCAUCGAGAGAACCUGAUUUUUGGAUCAUAAGGAAACAAACAAGAUUAAGUCCAAAGCAGGUGAAUAUUGAGCAAGACUACUAUAUAAUAGGAGCCAAUAUAUACCAAGCACCUAAGGUAUACGAUAUAUUAUCGUCACGGUUACUCUCGAGUGUUUUAUCCAUCAAGGGUUCGAUGGAGUUGUUAAAUAAAAUGAGUAAAUUUAAUAUCCAUGAUAUGGGCCAUUCAUAUCCCACGUUACAAGCAGAAAAAGAAAUAUCAUCAAGUUCCAACACAAUCCCUAAUACUGUUUCAGUUAAUACGACCACGCCGAUGUUGCAUACUCCGGCAACCGCAUCAAAUAUCAACUCCAACGGCCACUCGUCUACAAAUCUUGGCUUGAACAAUGAAAUACUGAAUCUUGCAUUUGACAAUUUACUAAAUAACGUAAUUAAUUCAUCAAACGAUGACACCUAUUUAGAGGAUAUACCUUUAUACGGCAAGGGAAGUACCGUCGAAUCGUUGGGCGUAAAGGUAAACUUGGAUGAUGUAUAG